AUGCGGAGUAUGCUUGCUGCCGGUGUUGGAAUGAUGCUGGUGUUGGUGAAGUUGAACUUGGGAAUGUCAAAAAAGGUUCAAGAUGAUCCCAGCUCUCUCAGGGUAAGUGUACACUGUCUAUGCACUUAAUUCCUGUAUGGCUUCAAUGUCCAGAUCAGGCACUGUUUCAUCUGCAAGUCAUGUUCUGCCUCUAUAUUCUGUGGAUUCAAUGUCCAGAUCAGGCACUGUUUCAUCUGCAAGUCAUGUUCUGCCCAGGCGCUUAUUCUGUGGAUUCAUCAUGAAGAGGAUAUUUAUUAAUGACGACAAGUAUGUCAUGAAAUGUGGACACGUGUCUCCCACUGCAGACACCAGAUUUGAGUCCAUCUUUCUGUUCUUAUAAACUGAAUCAACUCUUCUUACAACUCACCAUGUGAGCUGAUAAAACUAGCACUGACCAGUUGUCAGGGGGCGUAGAGAAACCUCACACACACCACCUGUGAUCUGUCCAUGAAGAUCAGAGCUGACAUGGUCUAAUGAGCAGUGUGUGUGUGUGUGCAGUGUGUGUGUGUGUGUGUGUGUGCGUGUGUGCCUCUUACGUAGACAGUGCAAAUUUAUUGGAAGCGGAAGCACGCGUCGGCGGUAACAAGAUCUCACUGACCUGGGGAGAGGAGCGUUUGAACUUCCUAAAUGAUCAAUCACUUCUCUCUCUCUCUCUCUCUCUUUCUCUCGCUCUUUUUCUCUCUCUCUCCUCUCUCUUGUUCCCUGUCUGUCUCUCUCUCUCUCUCUCUCUCUCUCUCUCUCUCUCUCUCUCUCUCUCUCCUCUCUCUUGCUCCUCUCUCUCUCUCUCUCUCUCUCUCUCUCUCACUGUCUCGCUCCCUCCCCCUCACUCACUCACUCUCUCUCAAUCUCCCGAUCUCUCUCCCCUUGGGGCCCUGCUUUCCCCUGGGUCUAAAAUGCAGAAGAACGAAAAGAAAACUUCCUGUCUGUCUGGUUUAAGAGGAAGUAGCCAGCUACACCCUAACAUCAGAAUCCUCACAUAGAGGAAGCAGCCAGCUACACCCUAACAUCAGAAUCCUCACAUAGAGGAAGCAGCCAGCUACACCCUAACAUCAGAAUCCUCACAUAGAGGAAACAGCCAGCUACACCCUAACAUCAUAGUCCUCACAUUGAAGAAGCAGCCAGCUACACCCUAACAUCAGAAUCCUCACAUAGAGGAAGCAGCCAGCUACACCCUAACAUCAUAGUCCUCACAUAGAGGAAGCAGCCAGCUACACCCUAACAUCAUAGUCCUCACGUUGAGGAAGCAGCCAGCUACACCCUAACAUCAUAGUCCUCACGUUGAGGAAGCAGCCAGCUACACCCUAACAUCAUAGUCCUCACGUUGAGGAAGCAGCCAGCUACACCCUAACAUCACAGUCCUCACAUAUUGAACAGAUCAGUGGCGGCUCAUGUCGUUACAAUGACUGGAAGAAAUCAAAGCAAGCAGUUUCUGUUUGUCUGACAAGUUUUAUAUUGCAUGACAGUCCUUUUUCUCUGCCCCAGCCCUGGCCCGGCCUCUCCUCUCCUCCUCUCCCCUCCUCUCCUCCUUCUCCUCUCCUCUCCUCUCCUCUCCUCUCCUCUCCUCUCCUCUCCUCUCCUCUCCUCUCCUCUCCUCUCCUCUCCUCUCCUCUCCUCUCCUCUCCUCUCCUCUCCUCUCCUCUCCUCUCCUCUCCUCUCCUCUCCUCUCCUCUCCUCUCCUCUCCUCUCUCCUCUCCUCCUCCUCCUCUCCUCUCCGCUGUUUAUUAAACUUUCCAUCCGUUCUGUGGGUUUCCCUUCCCAUCUUAGAAAUGAAUGGAAGUCCCUCAUUCCCUCGCUUUUUGUCUUUCUCACUCAAUCUGACCGCACCCUUUUAUAUUGUAAAUGUUUAAAAGGCUGUUAUGAUUUUGAACUUUUACAAUUGGCAACAAUGGACAAUUUAAAUUGCGACACUUGGUAGUUAUAUUUACAUUACACCAACACAGUCAUAAUGUAAUGUCUUAGUUUUUUGGGUAAGAGCGUGCAGAGAGUGAAUUUAGUGUAAAAAUGAUUUGAAGGCUAUGAGUGGAGGCAGGGAAGAAGCCACAGCACCACAGGACUGGUCAGCUCUAAUACCAGAGAGGCUUCCUCCAAUGUGUUUGGAGUUGUACACGUGACUGUUCCCAUUCUCCAUGUCGGCCUGCAGGGCACUGAGAGAGAUCACACAACACAAGUUUAUGAAUGAUUGGGGAUAGACAGAAAAUGUGGUCAGAUUUUCCUACCUGCUUGUUAUCUGCAGUAGUACUGUAUAUUUGUUAUUAUAAACUGGAUGGUUUGAGCCCUGAAUGCUGACAGCUGUGGUAUAUCAGACCGUAUACCACAGGUAUGACAAAACAUUUAUUUUUACUGCUCUAAUUACAUUGGUAACCAGUUUAUAAUAGCAAUAAGGCACCUCAGCAGUUUGUGAUAUAUGGCCAAUAUACCACGGCUAAGGACUGUAUCCAGGCACUCCGCAUUGCGUCGUGCUUAAGAACAGCCCUUUGCCGUAGUAUAUUGGUCAUAUACCACACCCCCUUGGGCCUUAUGGCUUAUGUGACCUACCUGCUUGUUCUCUGCAGUAGUACUGUAUAUUUGUUAGUGACCUACCUGCUUGUUAUCUGCAGUAGUAUUGUAUAUUUGUUAGUGACCUACCUGCUUGUUCUCUACAGUAGUACUCUAUAUUUGUUAGUGACCUACCUGCUUGUUCUCUGCAGUAGUACUGUAUAUUUGUUAGUGACCUACCUACUUGUUAUCUGUAGUAGUACUGUAUAUUUGUUAGUGACCUACCUGCUUGUUCUCUGCAGUAGUACUGUAUAUUUGUUAGUGACCUACCUGCUUGUUAUCUGCAGUAGUACUUUAUGUUGGUUAGUGACCUACCUGCUUGUUCUCUGCAGUAGUACUUUAUGUUGGUUAGUUGGUGACCUACCUGCUUGUUAUCUGUAGUAGUACUUUAUGUUGGUUAGUUGGUGACCUACCUGCUUGUUAUCUGUAGUAGUACUGUAUAUUUGUUAGUGACCUACCUGCUUGUUAUCUGUAGUAGUACUUUAUGUUGGUUAGUUGGUGACCUACCUGCUUGUUAUCUGUAGUAGUACUGUAUAUUUGUUAGUGACCUACCUGCUUGUUAUCUGCAGUAGUACUUUAUGUUGGUUAGUGACCUACCUGCUUGUUCUCUGCAGUAGUACUGUAUAUUUGUUAGUGACCUACCUGCUUGUUAUCUGCAGUAGUACUGAAUGUUUGUUAGUGACCUACCUACUUGUUAUCUACAGUAGUAUUUGCAGCAGCAGUUGUAAGAUUGUCUCUGUGGGAAACAGUAGCUAGCUCUCCUAAUAUUCUGUGGCUCUCCUGCAUCCUCUGCUCCAUGGGAAGGAGGAAGCUUGUCUUCUCAGAGCUCCUCAACAGUUGGUCCCUGGGAACCCCUGCCCCCCAUUAUCCCCCACUACCUCCUAAUGCCACCCCAGCCAACUCCACAUUCCCAGCUGUUAUGUUGUCUGUGGGCUGAUGCCAGGGGAUCUACUGUGCAUGUGGGGUACAAUGGGUCUCUUCUCAUCCAGCUAUAAACAGUCAUGGGAAUGAGAAGAAGUAAUGAUUACACACGUAGUAAUAUAGUACUAUAAUACGCAGAAGCACCAAAUGUUUUUGUAUCUGUUGUGAUCUAAAUCAUGAUAGUCUUAAAUCCCAGGACAGCUGUUGAUGGUCUGUGUGACCUGGCCUUGGCCAAUAAUAGCCCAGUCAGAGGUGGAUAUGCGUGUGGAGAAUCAGACUGACUUGCAUAUAUCAUCAACUCAGUCCAGUCCUUGUAUGCCAGCCUCAAUAGCAUCUAAAGUUUAUCCUGAUUUGGAUGUAAGAGUGCUGCCCUCUUGUGGUGAGACUUUUGACUCACAAACCGACUAACAAUGUUUUCCAGCACUUUACCAGAUGUGUUGGAGCUUAUUUUCUCUCCUGUCUUUAAAACAACAUAUAUCACUCUAAAGUCUUUGUCCUCCUCCUCUCCUCCCUGCAGGUGAUCAACCAGGAGAAGUGGGAGAGGGAUGUGCGUUCGGCCUCCAGUCUGGACGAGCUGCUCAUGCUGACAGACUUCCCUGACUGGAAGCUGUGGAAGUGUCGUCUAAAACUCAAACACCUGGAGACGUCUCCCUCAUCCUCUUCCUCUCAGCAGCCCGACCACCGUUCCUCCUCCUCCUCCUCCUCCUCCUCCGCUGGGUCUGGGUCACACCGCUCCACGCGCUACGCUGCAGCAUCCUACAGCCUGGAGAUACUCAAAGGUAUAUGGGUUCGAAACCUGGGUCUCCUCAAAACUGUGUUGGCUCUCUAAGCUAAAGCUUUGGUAUUGUUCCUUGAGAUAUGCUGCUGGCUCCUACAGCCUGGGGAUAUUCAAAGGUAUGUGGGUUCAAAAUCUGCAUCUACUGUGCGUUAGCCCUCUGAGCUAAAGGCUGGGCAUUAGUUAAUGCGCUACCUGAAGAUAGUCAUAAAUUAUGGGACAGACUGGUUUGAACACUGGGUCUUCUCAAGACUGUGUUAACCCUCCGAGCUAAAGCCUAGGCAUUAAUUCCAGGUAGCUAAUGCAUGUUUUGAGGUUAGAAUGUGAGUGUACCCAGACGGUACCCAAAGCAAGUCUCUAUAGUGGCUAUUAGUUUUUUUCUGUGUGUAACUGUGUGUGUGGUUGUGUGUAACUGUGGUUGUGUGCUGUGGUGUUUGUAACUGGUGGUUUUGUGUAACUGGUGGUGUUGUGUGUAACUGGUGGUGUUGUGUGUAACUGGUGGUGUUGUGUAUAACUGGUGGUGUUGUGUGUAACUGUGUUUGUGUGUAACUGUGUGUUUGUAUAACUGGUGGUGUUGUGUAAACUGUGUGUUGUAACUGGUUGUGUGUUGUGUGUAACUGGUGGUGUUGUGUGUAACUGGUGGUGUUGUGUGUAACUGGUGGUGGUACUGUGGUGUUGUGUGUAACUGUGUGUUGUGUGUAACUGGUGGUGUUUGUGUAUAACUGUGGUGGUGUUGUGAUGUAACUGGUGGUGUUGUGUUGUAACUGGUGGUGUUGUGUGUAACUGGUGGUGUUGUGUAUAACUGGUGGUGUUGUGUGUAACUGGUGGUGUUGUGUGUAACUGGUGGUGUUGUGUGUAACUGGUGGUGUUGUGUGUAACUGGUGGUGUUGUGUGUAACUGGUGGUGUUGUGUAAACUGGUGGUGUUGUGUAUAACUGGUGGUGUUGUGUGUAAACUGGUGGUGUUGUGUUAACUGGUGGUGUUGUGUAUAACUGGUGGUUGUGUUGUGUGUAACUGGUGGUGUUGUGUAAACUGGUGGUGUUGUGUGUAUAACUGGUGGUGUUGUGUGUAACUGGUGGUGUGUGUGUAACUGGUGGUGUUGUGUAUAACUGGUGGUGUGUGUGUGUAACUGGUGGUGUGGUGUGUUGUGUAUAACUGGUGGUGUGUGUGUAACUGGUGGUGUUGUGUUAACGGUGGUGUGUGUAAACUGGUGGUGUUGUGUGUAACUGGUGGUGUUGUGUAUAACUGGUGGUGUUGUGUAUAACUGGUGGUGUUGUGUGUAACGUGGUGUGUUGUGUGUAACUGUGGUGUUGUGUGUAAACUGGUGGUGUGUGUGUACUGGUGGUGUUUGUGAUAACUGGUGGUGUUGUGUAAUAACUGGUGGUGUUGUGUGUAACUGGUGGUGUUGUGUGUAACUGGUGGUGUUGUGUGUAACUGGUGGUGUUGUGUAUAACUGGUGGUGUUGUGUAUAACUGGUGGUGUUGUGUAUAACUGGUGGUGUUGUGUGUAACUGGUGGUGUUGUGUGUAACUGGUGGUGUUGUGUAUAACUGGUGGUGUUGUGUGUAACUGGUGGUGUUGUGUGUAACUGGUGGUGUUGUGUAUAACUGGUGGUGUUGUGUAUAACUGGUGGUGUUGUGUGUAUGUCUUCAUCAGCCAUAGACGAUGAGUGGCAGAAGACCCAGUGCAUGCCCAGAGAGACGUGUGUAGACGUGGCAAAGGAACUGGGCACCACGACCUCCAUGUUCUUCAAGCCCCCCUGCGUGUCCGUCUUCAGGUGUAACGGAUGCUGCAACACAGAGGGUGUCUCAUGCAGAAACACAAGUACAACCUAUAUUAAUAAAACAGUGAGCAUUUCCUCUUUAAGUACCCUAAAUAUCUGCAUUAUUAGUAUUAUUAUUAAUAAAUGACUGAUUUAUGGCAGGGGUCAGCAACAGUCGGCCCACGGCCAAAACUGACCCACAAGUUACUUUUUUGGGCCCCCCAAUUAUUUUUGUAAAUAAAUAUAUAUUUUGGGGUCUAAAAAAAGACCGUAAAAUCACCAGGUAUUCAGCAAAAAAUUGUUUAAAUUUAGGAAAUCUGUUCCCAAUUAUUCCCACUAAUAGAAAAAGAUGCAUAUUUAAUCGUGUCUCAAUAUAAUCAAGGUAUGAAAUUACUGUUAUUUUCAAAUGAAACCUCUUUUUGGUCUUAGUUGUGGUCAAUUUGCAGUGUACAAAUUAUUAUAAUUAUGUUCCGGCACCCCGACCAUCCGCUCCAACAAAAAUCGUCCUGCGGCUGAAUCUAGUUUGGGACCCCUGAUUUAUGUUUUAAGACAAUUGUAAUUAUUGAUAAGUGCUCCUAAAUGACAAGCACUUUGGAGAGUGUGAAUAUACAGUACGUACAGACCAGAGGAGGCUGGUGAGGGGAGGACGGCUCAUAAUAAUGGCUGGCAUGGAGUCAAUGGAGUGGAAUCAAACACAUCAAAGAUGGGGUUUCCAUGUGUUUGAUACCAUUCCAUUGACUCCGUUCUAGCCAUUAUUAUGAGCCGUCCUCCCCUCACUAGCCUCCACUGGUACGUACUGUACAUGCAUGCACAUCGUUGGGCCAACAAUGAGUCAAAUAAAAUACAGCUCUCUCCACCAAGUGGAUCACUGACUCCAGAAACGGACUAAUGUGUUCUGACACUUUUCGUCCUGCAGCUGCUGAGUGUGAUACCGUUCAAAUACGGACCUGAGCCGGUGUUGAUAAAGGUAGCCAAUCACACAGUGUGUAAGUGUAUGGAACCGCCCCUGAUCCGACGGCAAGCCCAUAUACGCUCUCACAGGAGGAACGGGUGAGUCCAGAGAUACAGAUACACACUCAGAUACACACAGAUACACACAGAUACACACAGAUACACACAGACUCAGAUACACACAGAUACACACAGACUCAGAUACACACAGAUACACACAGACUCAGAUACACACAGAUACACACAGAUACACACAGAUACACACACUAACAUAAACACACACACACUAACACACACACACACUAACAGAAACAGAAACACACACACACACACUAACAUAAACAGAAACACACACACACACUAACACAAACCGGAACAAACACACAAUAACAUAAACACUAACACACACACACUAACACAAACUGAAACACACACACACACACUAACAUAAACAGAAACACACACAUAUACACACACACACACACAUUGACCCAAACAGACCCAAACAGACACACACACACACACACACACCCUCUAGUCAUACCCUUAGCACUAACCAGCCUGUGUGUUUGGUUGCAGGUGCUCUCCGAUGCGCCAGCUCUCUAAAUCAGAGGACUCCAGGCGUCUGUGUGCCAGUGGGUUGAUCUGGGACUGCAUGGCCGACCGCUGUGUGCCCUACCCCUCCACUAAACAACCAGGUUAGUACCACUGUGUCCUACCCCUCCACUAAACAACCAGGUUAGUACCACUGUGUCCUAUACCUCCACUAAACAACCAGGUUAGUACCACUGUGUCCUACCCCUCCACUAAACAACCAGGUUAGUACCACUGUGUCCUACCCCUCCACUAAACAACCCGGUUAGUACCACUGUGUCCUACCCCUCCACUAAACAACCAGGUUAGUACCACUGUGUCCUACCCCUCCACUAAACAACCAGGUUAGUACCACUGUGUCCUACCCCUCCACUAAACAACCAGGUUAGUACUACUGGUAGAUAUAUCAGCUAUCCAGCCCAGUAGAUGCACACUGAGUUUGGGCAGUGUUUGCACUUUUAGGACCAUUCCAUUGUAAUGCGCUGGGGAUGCUAAAUCAGGGUGUUAUUCAGGAUAUUGUAUAGCCUCUGUAGGAAGAAGUUAUUCAGGAUAUUUUAUAGCCUCUGUAGGAAGAAGUUAUUCAGGAUAUUGUAUAGCCUCUGUAGGAAGAAGUUAUUCAGGAUAUUGUAUAGCCUCUGUAGGAAGAAGUUAUUCAGGAUAUUGUAUAGCCUCUGUAGGAAGAAGUUAUUCUGAUGUUUUCUUUAGUUCUCUCUCCAUUUUCUCUGGUCUGGCCCCUGUAGUAAUAUUAAGUCAUUCCUAUGUUUUCUCUCUGUUUGUUCCAGACUUUUCUACCAGUAUGAGGCCGGAGGACUGUGAAAUAGAUGUUGACAGGUGUGACUGUGUCCCAGACCAUGCUACCCUGUCCCCACGGCCCACCCUAACCCAGGACCCAGACCGCGAUACCCUGUCCCCACGGCCCACCCUAACCCAGGACCCAGACCGCGCUACCCUGUCCCCACGGCCCACCCUAACCCAGGACCCAGACCAUGCUACCCUGCAUGUCACCUAAACCAUACUGCAUGUACUACCAACAAACAGCACUUCAACCAUGGCUCUUGCAGGUAGAUUGCAACUUGAGACACACCCCUUUUGACUAGUUAGUUAGAUGGUUUGAUAGUUUCGAUAGUAGUUCAUUGAUCAAUUUAUGCCAUUACUUGGCCAGAGAGUCCACUCACCUGAUGUGAAUGAAUCAGUCCCUGAUUAGAAUGAUGUAAAUCAGAAAUGUUUGGGCCUCAUAGACCGUAGUUGAACAGCCAUUUUACAACACAUGUAAUAACACAUUUUCAUUAUUUGAUCCACAGAUGCCAGUGACACUAAGAAGAAGAAUAUAACCUUUGACAUCUGCUUGGCUUUGAAGUUUGAAAGCAGAGAAAAAGUUCAUAAUAUAUUUAUAUCGCUAUUUAUAUAUCUAACUUCAAAUAAAAUAGUUUCCCUUUCUAACCUACAUACAUGACCCUGUUAAGUUUUAAAAAAACGCUUUACAAUUUUUAUUUACAUAUGUAAAUUAUUAGUAUUUCUAUGCACUGAACAGUGUAUUUCACGCUAAAGAAUUAUAUUUUUGUAAUUGCUUCAACAUUUUUGUAAAUAUAAUCAAAGUUAGUCUUUUUGUUGUAUAUCCUUCAUAUUUAUAUUGAAAGUUUUAACAGUUUUGUCCAAAGUUCUAUCUCACCUUGUUGACACCAGUUAUUUUGUUGUUUAUUUAGAGAUGACAUAACAACCAUUCAAUGGUGUUGUUCACACCUCCGUGAUACAGCGUUU